AGAAUGUGCAGCGCUCAGUUGUUAAGCGGCGGUGACAAUCGAAGAAGCAAUGAAAUGCCGCAUUGAGUGGGAAAACAAAAGCAAAACCAACCGACGGAAGAGUGACACCCAAAAUAAAAUUAGCCGCAAGACACACCCAGCCAGUAAACGCACCCACUUCGCAAUUCACAAUGUCAAUGACCGCGCUGCUGCUGACGCUCAUUGUCAUCUUGCUCGCAACGCUGUAUAUUUUCUUCCAUCGUCGCUUCAAUUAUUGGCGCAGGCUGGGCAUAGCACACGACAAGCCAAGCUGGCUGCUCGGCAAUUUGGUGGGCGCUCAGCGCACCCUCAGCUUUGCCGACAUUAGCCGCAACGUCUAUUUGAAGUAUAAAGGCACAGGACCAUUUUGCGGCUUCUAUUUCUUUCAAUGCCCGGCAGUGGUGUUGCUGGAUAUUGAGCUGAUAAAAAAUGUGCUCAUUAGGGACUUUGCAAAUUUCGCCGAUCGCGGUAUGUUCAAUAAUGAACGCGACGAUCCGCUGUCGGGGCAUCUAUUCCUGCUGGAUGGCCACAAGUGGCGCAGUCUGCGUACAAAGCUCUCGUCCACGUUUACCUCGGGCAAGAUGAAGCUGAUGUUGCCUAUGAUGAUUGAGGUGACGCAGAAUUUGGUGGAAGUGAUGGGUGAGCAGCUGCUGGAAGACAAUGUUGUCGAGCUGAAGGAGAUUCUGGCACGCUACACCACGGAUAUCAUCGGCAAAGUGGCCUUCGGCAUCGUUUGCAAUUCGUUGCGUGAUUCCGAAGCGGAGUUUCGCAUCAUGGGACGACGUUCAUUCAGCGAAUCGCGUCAUGGACAAGUUGUUGGUGGUUUAAUGCACAGUUUUCCCGAUUUGGCGCGUUGGCUGCGCAUGCGCGCGAUAAACGACGAUGUAAUUGAAUUCUUUAUGCGAAUUGUGCGAGAAACUGUCGAGUACCGUGAGAAAAACAACAUCAAAUGCAACGAUUUCAUGAGCCUUCUCAUCGAUUUGCGAAACGACAAAAAGCUGCGUGGCGAUAACGGCGAAGAAAAGUGUCUAACGAUCGAGGAGAUGGCAGCACAGACAUUUGUAUUCUUCAUAGCUGGUUUUGAGACGUCUUCGACUACAAUGGCGUUCGCCUUGUACGAGUUGGCACAAAAGCCAUCGCUGCAAGAGCGUUUGAGACGCGAGGUUUUGGGGACAAUAGCUAAGCACAAUAACGAAUUCACUUUCGAAUGCCUGCAGGAUAUGAAGUAUAUGGAUCAGGUGGUGUUGGAAACGCUCCGCAAAUACAGCGUUGUGCCAAUUCUUAACCGUAAAGCUUUGUCCGACUACGCAGUGCCGGGCCAUCCAAACUUUGUCAUCAAAAAGGGUAUGUCAGUGAUUAUACCAACUGUGGGUAUACACUACGAUCCGAAUAUCUAUCCAAAUCCUGAGCAAUGGGAUCCAGAACGUUUCACGCAGGAGCAGCGGGAUCAGCGUGAAAGCGUUGAGUGGCUGCCGUUCGGCGAUGGACCUCGUAAUUGUAUUGGUAAGCGUUUUGGUGGCAUGCAGAUUCGCGUCGGCUUAGCGCAUUUGCUGUGCAAAUAUCGCUUUAGUGUGUGCGACAAAACUGAGAUACCUUUGAAGAUGAACGUGAAAUCGUUUUUAAUCAGUACGCUUAACGGUAUCUACCUGAGAGUGGAGGAAGUGAAAUAAAAUUGGCAAAAUUAUGCUUUGGCAGAGGUU